GGCGACGGCGGCGGCGGAGGCGCGGGACGCUCGGGCUGAUGGCGGCGGCGGCGGCCGGGCCCGGGGCGGCACUGUCCCCGCGGCCGUGCGAAAGUGACCCGGCCACCCCCGGAGCGCAGUCCCCGAAGGACGAUAAUGAAGAUAAUUCAAAUGAUGGGACCCAGCCAUCCAAAAGGAGGCGAAUGGGCUCAGGAGAUAGUUCUAGGAGUUGUGAAACUUCAAGUCAAGAUCUCGGCUUUAGUUACUAUCCAGCAGAAAAUUUGAUAGAGUACAAAUGGCCACCUGAUGAAACAGGAGAAUACUAUAUGCUUCAAGAACAAGUCAGUGAAUAUUUGGGUGUGACCUCCUUUAAAAGGAAAUAUCCAGAUUUAGAGCGACGAGAUUUGUCUCACAAGGAGAAACUCUACCUGAGAGAGCUAAAUGUCAUUACUGAAACUCAGUGCACUCUAGGUUUAACAGCAUUGCGCAGUGAUGAGGUGAUUGAUUUAAUGAUAAAAGAAUAUCCAGCCAAACAUGCUGAAUAUUCUGUUAUUCUACAAGAAAAAGAACGUCAACGAAUUACAGACCAUUAUAAAGAGUAUUCUCAAAUGCAACAACAGAAUACUCAGAAAGUUGAAGCUAGUAAAGUGCCUGAAUAUAUUAAGAAAGCUGCCAAAAAAGCAGCUGAAUUUAACAGCAACUUAAACCGGGAACGCAUGGAAGAAAGAAGAGCUUAUUUUGACUUGCAGACACAUGUUAUCCAGGUGCCUCAGGGGAAGUACAAAGUUUUGCCAACAGAGCGAACAAAGGUCAGUUCUUACCCAGUGGCUCUCAUCCCCGGACAGUUCCAGGAAUAUUAUAAGAGGUACUCACCAGAUGAGUUGCGGUAUCUGCCAUUAAACACAGCCCUGUAUGAGCCCCCUCUGGAUCCUGAACUCCCUGCUCUAGACAGUGACGGUGAUUCAGAUGAUGGUGAAGAUGGUCAAGGUGAUGAGAAGCAGAAAAAUAAAGGCACUUCGGACAGCUCCUCUGGCAAUGUAUCUGAAGGGGAAAGCCCUCCUGACAGCCAGGAGGACUCUUUCCAGGGAAGACAGAAAUCAAAAGACAAAGCUGCCACUCCAAGAAAAGAUGGUCCCAAACGUUCUGUACUGUCCAAGUCAGUUCCUGGGUACAAGCCAAAGGUCAUUCCAAAUGCUAUAUGUGGAAUUUGUCUGAAGGGUAAGGAGUCCAACAAGAAAGGAAAGGCUGAAUCACUUAUACACUGCUCCCAAUGUGAGAAUAGUGGCCAUCCUUCUUGCCUGGAUAUGACAAUGGAGCUUGUUUCUAUGAUUAAGACGUACCCAUGGCAGUGUAUGGAAUGUAAAACAUGCAUUAUAUGCGGACAACCCCACCAUGAAGAAGAAAUGAUGUUCUGUGAUGUGUGUGACAGAGGUUAUCAUACUUUUUGUGUGGGCCUUGGUGCUAUUCCAUCAGGUCGCUGGAUUUGUGACUGUUGUCAGCGGGCCCCCCCAACACCCAAGAAAGUGGGCAGAAGGGGGAAAAACAGCAAAGAGGGAUAAAAUAGUUUUUGACCCUAAUAUUGUAUAUGCAUCUAAGUGGAGUAUUUGGUGCCAAUUUAUUUACAACAUUUUCAUUUUUAUGCUAAUAAAAGAUUUUUUUUUUGGAAAUUAACUAUGA